AUGUCCACACCAACCACCACACCAACCAACACCAACAACACCAACAGCCCACAGAACCACCCGCCCCCACCCUCUCGCCGCGGGCGCGGGCGCCAACACCACCGCACCCAGCACGACAGCCCUUGCCCGCCCUCCAACCCCCCACCCCCGCAAGCACAGGCGCAGGUCUACCACACCGCAACCGCAACGCACAGCGCCGGCAUGCUAUACGAGUCUGGAACCCUCCCCACGCCAACAUACGCCCAAGUCGCUAGUGCAUUCGGCGACGUCGACGUCGACGCCGCUAUGCUCAGCGCGGGAUUGCGGAUUUCGAUGCGCGGGGGGAGGAGGGGGAGUAGUCCGCCGGCGUCGGCGCUGCCGGUGGGGGAGAGGGCGGGGGUGUUGAGGAUGGGGCGGGGGAGGGGUGGGAAUAGAGCGAGGAAACGAGGCGGGAUGGGUAGAUUGGCGCUGAGGGAGGCACGAGGAAGCGAGGAGGGGUCGGCGUCUGGUACGGGGACGGGGGAUGUUGCUGCUGCUGCUAGUGGAGAGGGAGCGCCGAAGGAGGGGGAGAAGAGCAAGGCUGGGAAAAAGCAUGAAAACGUACCCCAGCUCCCGAGGCCGGCACGCCUACCCCCUCCGGGCACGACUAGCGAUGCGCGCACACCGCUCAGCUCGCCUGUUUUGAAGGAAGUCAGCAAGCCGGCCGCUGGUUCGAGCCGCGCCAUGUCCGCGACGCUGGAGAACGUGCGGAGGCUGCGCGCUGAGGAGGUGCGGAGAGCGCUGGGGCAGGAAGGUGUGUCUACGCACGACAGCGAGGCUGUAGUCCUAACAGAGAAGACGAAGCUGGAAAAGGGAAAGGGGAAGGGAAAGGGGAAGGUCGGUAGUGCAGCCGCUGGGGCGAUUGUGGGAGAUGCCAGGAUUGUGGUGGAAAAAGGAAAAGUUGGCGUGGAGGAGAGUGUGGAAGACAUCGCCCCUGCCACUGUGGAUAUGGACUUCGGAGACUUUGAAGAUAUCCCAAUUGGACAGGCGAGCGAACGGACUUCUGGAGAAGAAGCGGGUGGACUGAAGGCAGAGAGUGGUCAAGGGACGGAGGGAGAGGAGUCUAAGAAGGAGAAGCUGGCGGGGGGUAAGGAUCUAGCGGCGGACGACGAGGAGGAAUACGGAUUUGAAGACGAGACUCCGGGCAGUGAAGGGAUUGAGGACGCCGAUGAUUUCGAAGUUAUCGAGAAGCCGGUGGGGGGAGAGAGGAAUGGGGCGGAGAGGAAGUGGUAUAAGCAAUCCCUCACCACCACCGCAAGCGACUUCCUCGGCCUUCCCGAACCCCAGCGCACAUACCGUUUAGCUCCCACACGCAGCGUCUCCGUCUACGACGCGUCUCCAAGCAGCCUCAGAAAGACGGUGCUGCUGGCGAACACGCUAGCUACGAGCGGAGAAGCUCGGUGGGACAACGCUGAUCGCAUCGACGCAGUGCCAAUGCCGAUCCUGCGUAUUUCCGGGCAUGCUGUGUCGCCGCUGGAGGCGUUCCCGGCGGCAGAGUACGUUGUCCUUGGGCGGGGAGAUUUGGAAGAUAAUGGUCACGUGGAGCGGUACGUUGGUGCUGAUACCGCGAAGGCGGUUAAGCGAGUGUUUGACUUGAUGCUUCGGGACGAUGUUGCGAGCGCGUUAGGGGUGGCGAUGGAGGAGAAUGCGACCGAUGUGCCAGGGAUGGCUGGCCCAGCUCAUAGGAGGAUAAACAUCCCGGUCGGUGGCGCGGAGAAUCUAUUGCUGACUGACAGCGUUCGAGACUUCUUCAAGGGUACGGAAGGCAGCCGACUUCGAGGACGUCCGAAACUUCGACGUGGAGAUCGUUCUCCCCGUCCCUCCUCGGAAACCCCCUGGCAACCCAAACCUACAGCUUUCGACGAACCGCAUCCGCUUCUUUCCAUGGCCGAUGGAGAACUUGCUGUCCUGCUCCAGCGAGACGCGGGGGACAUCUUUGUUCGGAAGGCAGACGGUCGUAUAUACCGCGUAGAGCAGAGGAGACCCGACCCGUUGACGCGCGCUCAGCUUGAGCAGUCAACGUCGAGAAACAGGGUGGGUACGCGAUGGAGAGGUGUUAGGGGUAGAGCCGCGAGCGAUAGUUGGGUGAUGGUGGACCACAUUGGAGAUGAGGACGAUCAUGUUGCUGAGGCGAUCAGGAAGAAGACGCGGGGUUUGAAGGGGGUGGAGGAAGGAUGGGAUGAUUGCAGCAUUUAA